AUGGCCCGCGAGGCUGAGGGAGAUUGUGACUGUGAGCCUGAGGCUCAUGUUUUGGCUGUGGCUGAACCUACUACGACCGGAGAAAACAUCACCACAACAACACCAGUCAACUCUGACGCCCGCCUUUCGCCUUCUCAAUCUCUUCUUCACCAACCCCGAAUGCAAAAGUCUCCAACACAUCCACAAGACGGCUUCAGCGCUCUUCGUUUCAGCGUUGGCAUCCCCUCUCGUCGAAGGAUAUCAACUCGCCCCAACUCGAACCCCAACCACGAUAUCAACCACGAAGUCGACGUCGACAACGAUACCGUUUUGCAACCCCUCGAGAUUUGCUUUCAUGCCUCCUUUGAGCCCGACCCCGACCGUCCCCUGUCUCUGCAUCUCAACGACCACCAGAGCAUUUUGCUGCAUCAUUCGCCCCCCAUCUUGUCGACCCCAACCCCGCCACACUUCAUCCUCGAGUGCGACCCCGUUAUCAUCAUCCCACCGAGAGUCCCUGUGGACUCAGCACAAAAGAACCAUGACCCCCAAUCGACAAGAAGAAGUACAAGAGUGGCGAUUUGGCGUCUGGCACUUGGUUUCCUCCUCCCUGUCAUCCUCGCUGUCGUCAUCCAUCUCCUCCUCUCUGACUUCAAGAAUACCUCGUCCUCACCAAAGCCUCUACAUCAGCCACAAGAAGAAACGGAUUGUUGUAGCGAGAGAAGAACUGGUGAGGUGGAAAACACAGAGGUCCUCAUGACCAUCUUGGAUGAUCUUCUUGCCCUUGCCCAGGCCUGGGCUGCCAUACCACAGACCAUCCUCACCAUGGGCCGCACUGGCGCCGUAUCGGGCCCUCGACCUACCGACGACGCCUACCUUGUGCGAACCUAUAGCAAAACAUCACCACUAUCGGAAGCCGGCGAUCUCUCUCGCAUUAUUGUGCGCUCACUCGCCCGAAUCCAGCCUCUCAACGACAAUCUUCGUCGCCCUGCCCGCUACCUGGCCCUCGCCAUCCCCAAAUCCGCAGAUGCCGCCAAGCACAUAUGGGAUUUUGACCUAGAGAACAAUGCCGGCUUCCUCUGGAUUCCAAGUGUGCUGUCUGCCCUGGAAUGGGCACGUGACGAGCUCAGGAACACUGUCAUUGAUCCUGCUGCAACCUCCUUCAUUGCCUCGUCAGGGGCUGAUGACUUGAGCGCUUUGCGGAAGAGAAGGCUUCGUGCCAUAAACAAUACCGACGGAAACUUCAAUGGUUCAGAGCGCCUGGCGGUUCACGACACCUCGAACGCGAUUCGUCACGUCCUUGACAUCUACAACAAGACCAUUGUUGACGAACUCCUCAUUAACGAACACUGCACUUUUUUCGAGCUCUGCCGCUCCGACGACGACGCUUACCGCUACCACCCGGUCUGUCAAAUGCCGAGACUCGACCCUGAUGAUGUUUCCGCCACCGCAGAUAUACGACCUCUCGUCAACUUCCUCGAACAAUGGCGAGAUACCCAGCAUGAGAGUGGCAACGGCCCAGGGGCGGCUCAGAGCACGGGAAAAGAAAAGACUCGCGGCCUCAAGGAACCUGCACUCGUGGUGCUCGCACGCCAUCUGACGGGAAUGGCAAGCGAAAUAGACAGCCUCUUCCGGCUCAUCCGAGUCAACAGAAUGUGGAAUCCGCUCUUGCCUGCUGAACAAUCCCGCCCGUCUGCACGGCCACAUCUCACGCUCUGGGAACAAUACUUCAGUUCCGACAAACACCGAAGACGCAAAGAGGCUGCUUCUGAUCUACAGCGAGCCGCUGCCCGUCUGUCGGUGCUGCGCACGUCAUCCAUCAUGGACCAGGAGAUGGCUGUGGUUAGGGCGACCAUAUCGGCUCGUUCCAUCUGCACACGCCUGUCAGCCCUGCAGUCUUCUCUUGGGGACCUCCAGGAAGGCUACGGCUGGGUCAGGGUCUCGUACGAGGAUGCGCCAUCUAUUGAGUUUACAAAGGACGGCCGGGAACUACUACAUAUACACCCACCUCGUCGCGCGCAACUCUGGCAUAACGUCAUGCCACAUCCAUUAGCACAAGCUGAAAUGGUGGAGGCGGUACGCGCAAGAGUGCAAAGCAUGGCACUAAAUGUCUCGGCAGAUCUAGCACGUCUCGUGUCAGCACAGAAGCGCAUGGCCUCAGAAUCGCGCUCCUUGGUCGCCGAGCAGUUGACGACCGCCGGUGGAGAUGAAGUUGACGGUGAAGUUUUCGAUGACAGACCCAUGACGGAUGACGAAACGGAAACAUUUGCUCGAAUGGAGCCGGUUUUCGGUAAUGCUGCUGCAUAA